CUCGUGCUGGCGCGCGAGUACCUGCGGGAGCACGGCUACACGAAGACGUCGGAGGCGCUGCGCGAGGAGGUGGGCAAGGGCCUCGAGCGCCUCGAGCUCGCGGACAACGUCGACCUCGGGAGCGUCGUCCGGGAAUUCGAGGCGUACUACGCCAUGCGCCUGGGAAAACCGCCGCGGCUCACGCGGCGCCGCGCGAACGACGAGAACGACCUGCCCGCGCCGCCGCGGCGCCGCAAGGGCGGGUCCACGGCGGCGAGCGCCCCGGCGCCCGCCGUGGAUGUUUUUUUUCCGGGAAGAUUGCGCGUAACACUCACGCUGAAGCGACGUUGCAGCCACUUGUUUCUCGCCCAGGCGAAGCCCCGGGAGGCGGGCGAGUCCGUCGCGCUCGGCGUGAUCAAGUCGCGCCUCGGCGUCGCCGGCGGCGCCGAGCCGUCGAAGCCCGUCUGGCUCGGCGACAAGGGCGCGGGCGACCACGACGACGCCGGCUUCGGCGACGGCGUCGCGGGCACCAAGGUCGCGGUGCGUUCGCGCUUCGAGAGAGUCGCGCACGACGACAAGCCCGUGGAGCGCCUCUUAAAACCGCCGCCGGCCUUCGCCGGCGACGCGGAAUUACAGGCCCUGGCGAACAACAUCUCGCGGGAGAUCUACCGGCCCGCCGUCGGCGACGGCAAGGGCGACGAGUGGGGCGACGUCGUCGGCCUCGACGGGCCCAAGGCCCUGCUGCGGGAGGCCGUCGUCAUGCCCGCGCGCUACCCCCAGCUCUUCCGGGGCAUCACGGCGUCCUGGGGCGGCGUGCUGCUCUUCGGACCGCCGGGCACCGGGAAGACGAUGCUCGCGCGCGCCGUCGCCGCGCAGUGCGGCACGACCUUCUUCAACAUCUCCGCGUCGUCCAUCGUGUCCAAGUACCGCGGCGACUCGGAGAAGCUGGUGCGCGUGCUCUUCGAUUUGGCGCGGCAUCACGCGCCGUCCACGAUCUUCAUCGACGAGAUCGACAGCAUCAUGUCGCAGCGCGGCGGCGGCGGCGGCGGCGCGGAGCACGAGGGGUCGCGGCGCAUGAAGACGGAGGUGCUCAUCCAGAUGGACGGGCUGGCCAAGACGGAGGGGUUGGUUUUUGUCCUCGCGGCGUCGAACCUGCCGUGGGAGCUCGACAUGGCGCUGCUCCGGCGCCUCGAGAAGCGCGUGCUCGUGCCCCUGCCCGACGCGGCGGCGCGGAGGAACAUGCUCCACAAGUGGCUCCAGGGCCGCGCCGCGCCGGACGCCGCGCUCGACGCGUACGCCGACGACGACGCGACGGCGGGCUACUCGGGGAGCGACCUCCACCUCCUCUGCAAGGAGGCGGCCAUGCGGCCCGUGCGGCGCCUCGUCGUCCAGCUCGAGGACAUGGAGGGCAAAAACGGCGGCGCGGCCGUGCCCGACGACCGGGUCGACGACCUCCUCGACGAGCACCGCAUCACGGACGCGGACUUCAAGGCCGCGCUCCGGUGCACGAACCCGUCGGCGAAGCUCUUCGCCGACAAGUACCGCGACUGGAACGCGAACUUCGGGAGCUCGUGA